GGUCAUGCAGCAUUGUACCGGCACGAACACGAGCACAAUGCAACUCGGGAGUGGCGCCAACGGCCGUGCCGCCCAACCGCGUGAGCUGUUGCAAGGAAUUGUGCUUUAGCAGCAGUCAAAUGUCCAAAAAAAAGUCUUUUGACUUCUUUUAUGUAGAUAGAUACAUUUCUCCGAAGUGAAUUCGCUUUAUUGAACUUGAAUAUACAGGAGGCCCAAGGCAGACGUGGUUCUCUGUAGUAGAUUUGAACCAUUUACAAGAUGUUAUUGACAAAAGCAGUUAUGGGCUCUCAAACCGUCGCCAUUGCUGUCGUGCUCACCGUGACCUUCAAUACAGCUGCCGCUCGUUCGCCACCACGCUGUUAUAGAUCACCGACAACUGGUUACUGCUAUGGACGGUACUUAAGGUGGUUCUACGAUUAUAACACAACUCAAUGCAAGAUGUUCACAUACAGUGGAUGCUUUGGUAACUUCAACAGGUUUUCUUCGGAGCAAAGAUGCCAAGAAAUUUGCUUACCAAACAACCCGGCCCAUUCAGUCUGCAGUGUGGGCCCAGAGGUUGGCGUGUGCAGGGGAUCUCUUCCCAUGUGGUAUUUUGACCCUAGCUCAGGGGUCUGUCGUGGAUUUGUGUACAGUGGUUGUGGUGGAAACAGCAACAAGUUCUCAUCUUGUGAGGAAUGCAUGGACAGAUGCAGUGGCGAUUACCAUGUCAAAGGAAUAUGCAAGUAUCUUCGACGGAGAUUUUCGAAGCAGUUUCACCAGAGUGCCGUAAUUCACUCAAACCUCCGCCCAUGGCUACGUCAACAGCCAGCCACAAGAGGAAACUUACCGAGUGGUUUGAAAACAAGGACGAGUAGUGAAGAUUUUUCGUAUUUGACGGAAUAAAUUUUUGGCUGCAAACAAAAAUAA